GCGGACCAAUCAGAGAGCACCGUAACGACCGAGGCAGCAUUUUAAACUUGUAGCAGAAACUGUUGUCAAAAGGCAGGACGGGUUAACGCUGCAGCCAUCGACGGACAACUCUGGCGAUUACUUUAUUCAAUAUUUUCGUUUUAAAAAAAUAAUUAUAGUCUAGUUGCACCGCGUUUUAAUUGUCAAUGAAAUGUUUAAGUAACAACCGCGUCUAAAGCGUAUUAUAGCUAGUUUUGAUUUAAAUUCAGAAGUGCAGGGAGCACGCUAGCUUCCAAGGCCAAACUAACGUCGGUUAAGGUAGGGUUAACAAUACUCUCUUCCUUGGGGUUUAUCAUUAAUAACUCUAUUGCGAAGGGGCUUUAAAACGUUUCUUUUUACUCCCGGCUAAGAGCACUUUAAUCCAAAAUGAGCGCUGGUGUUGCAAAGCCGGCGAACCCGAUGCCGCACGUCGACCCAAAAUCGGCCACUCUGAAAGAAAUCCCAGAUGUUCUGGUCGACCCACGCACCAUGAGACGAUACACCAGGGGGAGAUUCCUCGGAAAAGGUGGUUUUGCAAAAUGCUACGAAAUCACAGACGUGGAGACAAAGCAGGUUUUCGCCGGAAAGAUCGUGCCCAAAUCGCUGAUCCUGAAGCAGCACCAGAGGGAGAAGAUGACUUCGGAAAUCUCCAUUCACCAAAGCCUCAACCACCCCAACGUCGUGGGCUUCCACGGGUUCUUCGAGGACGAUGAUUUUGUGUUUGUCGUCCUGGAAAUCUGCCGGAGAAGGUCCCUGCUGGAGCUGCACAAGCGUCGUAAGGCUGUCACAGAGCCCGAGGCCCGAUACUACAUGACUCAGCUGCUCAAGGGUGUCCAGUACCUGCACAACAACAAAGUGAUCCACAGAGACCUGAAACUGGGCAACAUCUUCCUCAACGACGACAUGGAUGUCAAGAUAGGGGAUUUUGGCCUUGCCACAAAGAUUGAGUUUGAUGGUGAGCGGAAGAAGACCUUGUGUGGAACACCUAACUACAUAGCUCCUGAAGUGCUCUGCAAGAAAGGCCACAGCUAUGAAGUGGAUUAUUUCAAACAAGAGUUUCUCAUCUUCAUUUCAGGAUAUCAGCUGUGUGACAACAGCGUUGGCGUUCUGUUUAACGACUACACCCGUUUGAUCAUGUACGCUGACGGAGACAGCCUGCAGUACAUCGACAAGACGGCAACUGAAUCCUACAUGAGCGUGCGCUCUUUCCCUUCCACUCUCAACAAGAAGAUAACAUUGCUGAAAUACUUCCGCAAUUACAUGAGCGAACACCUGCUGAAGGCUGGCGCAAACAUAGCACGUCGGGAAGGAGAUGAGCUGGCACGACUGCCGUACCUUUCCCUCUGGUUCAGAACCAAAAGCGCCAUUGUGCUGCACCUCACUAACGGCACGGUUCAGAUCAAUUUCUUCCAGGACCACACCAAGCUGAUCUUGUGUCCGCUGAUGGCUGCAGUGACCUACAUAGAUGAGAAACGAGACUUCCGCACCUACAAGCUGUCUCUUCUGGAGGAGUUCGGUUGCAGUAAGGAGCUGGCGAGCCGCAUUCGUUACGCCAAGCUCAUGGUGGAGAAACUGUUGGACAGCAAGCCCACUCCCGCCGCACAUUAGUCCCCAAGUGUCUUUAAUCACCGGCUGCUUCUCCGUGAGUUCAGGACGGGCUCGAACUUUAAGUCUUCAUCUGUUUUAUGGGUCAUGUUGUAAUCCUUUUUUAUUGCCAACACUUUCACACCUACCGUGACAAUUCAUCUUAUAUAUGUUGUACAUGGAAAAUUCCCGUCUUUCAGCCGCUGUUUUCUCUUUUUAAAAAAUUUUCUUGCUGUUUAUAGAAACUCUCAUUCACCUCUUGUUCUUGUGACUUUCUCGAUGAAGCUUGCGUUCCCGCUGACACCGCAGCACAGACGGUGUGUGUUCAAAUGAGUCUAGACGGGAAAACGUGAAUGUUCCCUUGGUUUACAUUGAACUUAAAGUUGGAACGGUCCUCCGAGGUUUCCUCUGCAUCUUAUGUUUGUACAUAAAGUCCUGCUUUUCAAACUCUAAACUGAGUGGACAGACUGUGAGGUGGGAGGUUGAGACUCGGGCCGGCUGUGUGGGUGGACGAAAGCUUCUCUGGUCUGCUUCUCUAGUUUGUUUUUUCUGUGUUGUGUGUAGAGAAAUGGACCAUGUUAAUACGUCUGCAUCAUGUACAUUCUUUCUCUGUUAGUUUUACUUUUUAUAAUUCUAUUUUUAGAUGGCAUUUUCAACAAGUUGUACAAACAUGUACAUACUGCUGAAUAUGAAGACAUGUUGUAAAGAUGGAUUAAUUUUACCUGUGUUUAAAUAAAGAUUCUCUUGUACAAGGCA